AUGGCCUCCAAGCCUGCACACUACGCGAAUCACGGCGUCAAACGCGUCCAUCUAUCAGCAGCAGCCCUCGCCAAAAAGAAGGAAUCCGAACACCAAAAAAUCCAAGACUACACCACCCUCUGCACAGCCCUCUCCACCCUCCGCACCUCCCCUACCCCACACACCCGCGAAGCCCUAGAUCUAACAACCAACCUCCUCACCUACAAUCCAGAAUACUACUCAACCUGGAACUACCGCCGCGAGAUCCUCGCCACACUUUUUACAGAAUGGAAUGACUCGGAGAUUGUGAAGCAGUUGGAGAAAGAGAUGAGGUUUGGUGAAGGAUGUUUGAGGUCUCAUCCGAAAGUGUAUUGGAUUUGGAAUCAUCGGGGGUGGGUGUUUGCUCAGUAUCCUUCUUCCACACAAGCGCCGUGGAGGAGGGAGUUGGGGCUGGUCAAUGCCAUGUUGGGGCUUGAUCCGCGGAAUUUUCAUGGGUGGAAUUAUCGGCGUACAGUCCUCCGCCACAUCGAAUCCCAAGAACAACGGGGAAUGGAGGAGGAAGAAUGGGCCUACACAUCCACCCACAUCCAAAAAAACUUGUCCAAUUUCUCAGCAUGGCACCACCGCGCCUCCCUCAUCCCAAAACUCCUAUCGCGGGGACAAAAUUUAACUUCGAAAGAGGAAGUAUUGGCGAAGGAGCUGGAUUUGUUGCAUCAGGCGAUUUAUACAGAUCCUGCUGAUUCGUCUAGUUGGAUAUAUCACCAAUAUUUGUUAUCGUCGUUAACGAAACCCGCUGACUCGAUGCCAUCGUUGACGCCGAUGGAUGUGGGAGAGAAGAUUGAGUUGUUGCGUGCCGAGAUUGGGGUGAUACAAGAACUUUCCGACAUGGAGCCGGAAGAGAAGUGGCCCCUUCUCUCGCUCGUGCAUUAUAAACAGAUGCUCGCGGAACUAAGCGGAGAUGCCGAUACCGACGAGGAGGGGAAGCACGAGAUUAGGGAGAUGCUGCAGAGAUUGAAGGAGAUCGACCCACUGCGAAAAGGACGAUACGAAUACUGGGAACAAAAGCUUUGA